GUUUUUUUCCAUACAAGGCAAGUUUGCCCGGUUUUUCUACAAUUGAAGAGCUCCCUAAACUACCUAAUGGAGAUAAAGCAGCUCCGUUAGUGCCAGAAUUCGAUAGAUUAAUUUUUAUGCUUGUUGAUGCUUUAAGAAGUGAUUUCGUUUUUGGUGAGCAUUCUGAUAUGAUUUUUGUCAAAAAUCUUAUAGAAAACGAUCGUGCAAUACCUUAUACGGCAAUCGCAACUGCACCAACCGUUACUUUACCACGAAUAAAAGCGCUUACUACUGGAAGCGUUCCAAAUUUUUUGGAUGCUAUUCUUAACAUUGCAGAAUCGGAUACAUCUUCGUCGUUAUUAUCUCAAGACAAUUGGCUU